AUGUUGCUCUUCAAAGAUGAUCAGCCUCAAAAGGUUUUCGAGGCCUUCGCCGAGGGCUCGUCCAGCCGGGCGGCGGAGCUGCUGGCGCUGCAGUCCCAGGCCGCCGGCGAACAGCCAACUAUUACAGUUCGCGCUACAGAGCCUCCGCCGCUGCCCAUUCAGCCUGGGGGGGACAGAAACCCUGCGCUGCUUACUGCGCACGUUCGGCGAGACAUGGCUCUGCGGGCCUACCGAGCCACCCAAACCCCCGAGGAGCGCCGCAUGAUGUUAGAGGGAGGGUUUUUGAGGGAGCAGAAACCCUUGGCAGCAGCAACUCCCAGCGAGGUUCAGGGUUUGAUGGAGGCCAUGACG